AUGUUGCCCAUGCUGUCAAGUUUCCACACACUAAUUGCCCUCUUGGCCAGCAUCUCUCUUGUGAACGCAUGUCAUCCACAGUUUGAAAAAGAACUGCGGUAUUUGGAUCUUUAUCUGGGUGUCCGACCAGACAACGACGGAGUUAUUCCAUCUAAAGACUCAUCGAAAUUCGCCUCUUACAUAACUUCACCUGAGGAGCUCAAUUGCGAUUUGGAAAGUGAAUGUUUAUGGAAGAAUGCACCCAGCGAUAACCUACUUGACACAUCUGAUUUCUGGUACUUCAAGGUAUGUUUCGGGAUGAAUCUUCGAUGUGGAUCGAGAAAAUGCCAAAAUGCUUCCGGUUCAAAUCCAGCCUGGUCGAGCGGAGAUAUUGCUCUAGGGUCACAUCUAUUAAUAGCCGGGAACACUUCAGUCGUUGCUGACAGCGCCACACUUGUCAGUGCACCAAUUGCUUGUCAGAGGAAACCGGGCGCGUUCCCGUCGAUAUUCGGUUCAAAGCCACUGCUGCCAAAAUCUCCGAAACCGAUCCAGAAGCUCUCCGAUUUGGAUUGUGCUCAUCCGCAGAAGAAAUGCAGAUAUCCUCCGCCGACAAAAACUACCCAAACAUCGUCAUUUCUGUUUCUAGCCGUGGAUGCGCUUGCACCCAGACGUUAUGCUACUCUUCGCAGCGAUCUGAUUCCAUGUACACAGGCAACUACUACUCUUUCUAUGAAAUACUGGCUCAAAGCCGGUACUCAAGUCGAAAUAUGUGCAAUAGAUGUCGAUGGUAUAAGGUUAAGCUGCGGAUAUCUCAGCGAAGAAGAUUCACCUGGCCCGAUUGAAAUCGAUGUCGAUGCCUACCAUCGACCAUAUAGGGUAUGUCUUUAG